AUUUAGCUUUUUUUAAGAAUUAGUGUCGUUUUUGAGGAGGAAUAUUGGAAAAGAUAAAAUUAGUCCAGAGAAAGAAGACAGACAGAGAGAAGGUGAGAGAGACAGAGAUAGAGACAGAAAGUCAGAGAGACAUAGAGGAACAGAGUGAUCAAUCAAUCAUGGCCAUUGAGGAGUUUCAGGCCUUGGAUUGGUUCGUCUGACUUUGUUUCCCCCUUCGUCUUCCACAGAGAGAGAGGCUUAUAAGAUUUGAGUUGAGAAUCUGAGAUGGAUUUUUCAGAGUCCACAAAGGUUGUGUACAAUAGAGUGCAGAAACUAGAGCCGGAAAAUGUUACCAAGGUUAUAGGGUACCUUCUGUUGCAAGAUUAUGGUGAGCGUGAGAUGAUCCGACUAGCAUUUGGCCAUGAUAAUAUGAUCCAUUCAUUGAUCAACAAAGCUAAAACCGACCUUGGUUUAUCCAAACCGGCUUUUCCCGCUUCAAUCUUGCCAUUGCAGGUGAAUUCGCCACCCGUUGCUGAUCAUUAUCUGCAAUUUGCUCCAUAUUCCCGGGCUUCAUCAUGUCCGGUUUCAUCUCCGGCCUCUUUCUGGCCUACAAACUCUUAUUGGGAAUCCCAAGUGACUGAUCAGCAACAUGUACAGAAUUUGGAUUUUGUUCAGUCAGGAAGUUCUGGUUCAGUUGCUGAAGAUUAUCGCCUCCGAAACCAAAUUCCAUUCUUAAAGGUUGAAGGUCAAUUAGAUUCUGUUAGUCCUAUUAACUCAGACUUCUUGGGCAGUGGGUUUUACACCGAACCUGCAUUCGGUACUAGAACUAAUAGAAGGUCUCCAAGUUUGCCUGAAUUCCCCGUUAAGGUUUGCCAUUACUUCAACAAGGGAUUUUGUAAACAUGGAAACAAUUGUAGGUAUUUUCAUGGCCAUCCUAUACCAGAGAGCUUUUCUCAGGUGUUCAGCCCAGGCUCCAAUGAUUCCCAAAAUGAAGAUCACUUAUUUUCUCCUCUGUCUAUCGAGAAGCUCGAACUAGAGAUCACUGAGCUUUUGAAAUCAAGAAGAGGGUAUCCAGUCUCCAUUGCGUCUUUGCCAAUGCUGUAUUAUGAGAAGUAUGGGAAGACUCUUCAGGCCGAGGGGUACCUUACAGAGAGCCAGAGACACGGUAAGACAGGCUUUAGUCUGACGAAGCUUCUCGCUCGAUUGAAGAAUAGCAUUUGUCUUGUUGACAGGCCUCAUGGGCAGCACGCAGUAAUAUUGGUAGAAGAUAUCCCCAAGUACCUGGAGUACAAUAGUGAAAGAAAUGAUCCUGGUGGCAUUGUUGCGAGUUCUCGGCAGAUCUAUCUUACCUUCCCUGCUGAGAGUACUUUUUCCGAGCAAGAUGUUUCGAACUACUUUAACAAAUUCGGGCCUGUUCGGGAUGUGAGGAUUCCAUGUCAACAGAAGAGGAUGUUUGGGUUUGUAACAUUUUUUUUUGCAGAGACUGUAAAGCAAAUUUUUUCAAAAGCGAAUCCUCAUUUCGUAUGUGGGGCUCGUGUUCUGGUGAAACCUUACAGAGAGAAGUCAAAGCUUGUUGAUUGGAAAUACACUGAGAAAAUGCAUCAUCCUAUGUUUUACAACCACCACUUUUUGGGUGGAGAUUCUGAGUUUUACUCAAUGCCAAGAGUUCCUGAUAAUUCAAGCUUACUUAGGAAGCAGCUGAUGGAUGAACAUGAGCAUGUUCUUGAAGUUGAGCGAAGGCGUCUGUCAGAUUUGCAAUUAGCACCUAAUUCCUUGAACCAUCAGUCCUAUUUCGGUUAUUCAAUGGACGAGUGGAGACUAUCAGAAGAACAAGCAGAUUUUCCAUCCGCUGAGCGUCUUAAUUAUCUGCUGGAUGUGUUGAACACCGGUUCCAACAGUGAGGACAAAGUCAGGCCUUUUAGCUCCAGUUACAAUGACCCGGAUAGCAACCAAGGACUCAAUCUUCCAGAUAGCCCAUUUGCAUCUCCGAUACGGGGAGGCAUAUCCACAGCUACAUAGAGAUUCAGACAGACAGGACUAAUAGAGGGUAGAGAACUAAUUAUGCAGUUGGUAAGUCUUGAUAGGUCAUACAAUCUGAAGGGGAGACACAGAGUACUUGUCCAUGUUACUUGGUCGAGGGAUUUGCAAAGAAGAAUGUUACAUAAAGCAGAUAUUCUUACAGGUUUAUUUUUUCUUUUACAAUCACAGAAAGCAAGCCAGAGCUUGUUAGUUAUUCAGAAAGAAAGGGAAAAAAAAUGCAGAGUUCAGAGUAAAGAAAGAUGUAGAAUGCUCUCUGCUAUACUUUAGAAACAAAUGGUAAUAAAACCGAAUUUAUACACUCUCUCCCUGCUUUGCCUUUAUACUGGGUUUGCAAUGCAUUGUAUAGAUCAUGUUCUCUCAGUACAAAUUUUAUAAUAAGAGCUAGAGGUCUUUCUCCUUUACCCCUCA